GGAAAAUCUACCAGAGAUUUGCUUUCACCUUCCUUUUUAGAUUCCGGGAUCUGAAUAGACUAGGAGAGGUCAGCUUGGAGGAGAUGAUUCUUCAUCAAUAUCCAUAUCUGGAGGGUCUGAUUGGAGAUAUCUUCCAAGAUCCAGAGAGACUUCUGUUUAUAUUUGAUGGUUUAGAUGAAAGUAUUCACCAAAUGGAUUUCAGAUCAAGUAAACUAUCCAGUCCAAAACACAGAACACAUUUUGGUGAGAUUGUGGUCAGUUUGGUGGGGCAGAGUCUUCUUAAGGGUUGCUCUGUACUAAUAACCAGCCGUCCAACCAGACUGGCAUCAGUUGAUAUUCAUGUUUUCGAGAGAAUAGCUGAGAUCAUGGGAUUUCUCCAUGAAGACAGACUGAUCUUCUUUUAUAAUUUCUUUGGAAAUGAAGAAUUGUCAGAGAAAGCUUUCCAUUAUGUGCAGGAGAAUGACACACUGUACACUUUCUGUUAUAUCCCAUCAUACUGCUGGAUCAUUUGUACAGUGUUAUCGAUGUGCUUCAGAGCCCAACCAACAAACACUGAUCAGCUGAUGGCAUCAUUACCCAAAACAGUGACACAACUGUUUGUGACUUUUGUUGCCCAUAUUCUGGCCAAUCACAACCAGAAUAAAGAUGGUGGCCACACUGCCCAGGAACUGCUGACAUCUAUUGGGUGGAUGGCAGAACAUGGAGUUAUGAAUCACAUGAUUGUAUUUGAUGAGUGGCAUCUGGAUUCAUUCAGUGUGAGAAAUGAUAAAUAUAUCUUUUCAUGUUUCAUGAUGGAAUCUGGUCAGCCUCCUGAUGUGGAUUACACCUUCUUACAUCUCACUCUUCAGGAGUUUUUUGCUGCUUUAGUCCAUUUUAUUAAUUAUGAUCCUGACAGAUUACAGGAAACACUCGAUAAGGCUGAAUCUUAUGAAGAUGGCCGUGCUGAAAUAUUCCUCCGUUUCCUCUGCGGUCUCUCAGACUCUUCUACUAGAUCCAUGCUACAGUCUCAAGUGGGAAAAUUGUCUACUCAGGCAGCCAGACAUGUCAUCACCUGGAUUCAGAGAAAAGUCACAGAAGAGCAAAAACCCGGAAAACCAAGAGGGCACAAGAGAGAGCUUCUGAAUGUAUUCUACUAUCUCAAUGAGAGCAGGAAUAAGGCUCUGGUGUCACAAUGUAUUGGAUCAAAGGACGUUGACCUUUAUAAUGUCCCCCUCACCCCUCUGGACUGCUCUGUCCUAUCUUUUAUCCUUCAAUCCUGCAGAGAGACAGAAGAAGUACAUUUAAGUACAUGUAAUAUUCCAAGUGAAGGACUGAGGAAACUUAUACCAGCUUUAGGUGCUAUCAAGAGUUUGAGUUUGUGGAAAAGUCAACUGACAGACAGUUCCUGCAUCCACCUGGCUUCUGGAAUAAGAAAUAACCAGACACUGAGGACACUGAACCUGUCUGAGAACAAUCUGGAGGGUCCUCAUUUCAGUGAUCUGAUGGCAGCUCUGACAACAAGCAGGAUAGAGAAAUUACUAUUGGGUAAUAAUCACCUGACAGACAGUUCCUGCCCCCACCUGGCAUCUCUAAUAAGAAAUAACCAGACACUGAGGAAAUUGAACCUGUCUAUGAACAAUCUGGAGGGUCCUCAUUUCAGUGAUCUGAUGGCAGCUCUGACAACAAGCCGGAUAGAGAAAUUACAUUUGUGGAAAAGUCAUCUGACAGACAGUUCCUGUCCCCACCUGGCAUCUGGAAUAAGAAAUAACCAGACACUGAGGACACUGGACCUGUCUGGGAACAAUCUGGAAGGUCCUCAUUUCAGUGAUCUGAUGGCAGCUCUGACAACAAGCCGCAUAGAGGAAUUAAUUGGGUGAUAAUCAGCUGACAGACAGUUCCUGCCCCCACCUGGCAUCUCUAAUAAGAAAUAACCAGACAUUAAGGACACUGAACCUGUCCUGGAACAAUCUGGAGGGUCCUCAUUUCAGUGAUCUGAUGGCAGCUCUGACAACAAGCCGGAUAGAGGAAUUAGAUCUACAUAUUACUCACCUGACAGACAGUUCCUGCCCCCACCUGGCAUCUGGAAUAAGAAAUAACCAGACACUGAGGACACUGAACCUGUCUGGGAACAAUCUGGAGGGUCCUCAUUUCGGUGAUCUGAUGGCAGCUCUGACAACAAGUCGGAUAGAGGAAUUAAAGUGAGUAUAACAGGACUGACUGAGACAAUAAAAAUCUGGGACAGUUUUAUAUCUAAAUCACAU